AUGGAUCCUUUCGAAUCAAGCAAUGGUACUUCGUUUACUGAUAAUACUGAUAAUUUAAAUAACGAAGAAUUAUCAAAUCCACCUCCUUCGGUCGAUUUUUAUGGUGUGCUGAAUGUUUCCAAGGAGGCUACCGAUGAAGAAAUUAAGGAUUCAUAUAAGCGACUAUGCCGUAUAUUUCACCCAGACAAGCACAUAGAUCCGGAAAGCAGGAAGGCCGCGCAGUCCAAAUUCCAGGUGAUUCAGAAGGCUUACGAAGGCAAAACCAUUUAUGACAUGUUUGGUGAGGAAGGGCUGAGCACUUCGUGGGAGAUCGGUGCUCGUUACAAAACUUCACAAGAGUUGAGAGAAGAAUUUGAAAGACAAACCAGGGCGAAAAGAGAGCAGGAGGUGGAAAGCAUGGUGAAGUCAAAGGGAGACCUUCAACUGAGUAUAGAUGCUACUCAAAUGUUUGAUCCAUAUGAUAGAGGACCCCGUAGUUGGUAUGAAAAUAUCGAAAUCACUCAACUCUUUUUGAAGCAUUCAUUCGAAAACCAAUUGCAACCACAAACUCAAGCGUCAUUCGUUGGGCAGACAGUUCUACGUAAUGGAGUAGGUGGUGGUAACAUUAUGUGGAGCUUGCGUCACGCGUUUUCGCCAAAUUUUUGGGCUGAAGUUGGAUCCUCAAUAAUUCAACCUCGGGUGAUGAACGUAAAGACGAAUUAUAGCUUCGGUUCAGAUGGAUUUUUCUCAGUGGUAGCACAAUCUCAUACGAUCAAGUCACCACCAAGUUUAUCCUUUACUGGCGGUAGACGACUUGGAGCAAAUACAUCCGGUUAUUUAACCUAUAGGACUGGCGCAUGGUCUUUGGGUCCUUGGGGGCAAAAAGAUUUUUUUUCACGGCGUGACAAAUCUGCCGUGGCUAUCGGUCUUAGCAGUUCCAAAGAAAAUUCGGGUUAUGCCUGCGAAAUACAAACUGGUUUAGGGGAAUCACAUGUCUCAGCUAAUUAUAACUACAAAUUACUUGGUGAUUAUCAUCUAAAGGCUGCAACUACUUUGUCGACGUCUAGUGGUCUCACGGCUGUUCUCUUCGGUGAACGUAAGAUCACAGAAAACACCAGACUCGCGUUGGCUAUGGAGUUUGGAAUACCCAAUGGAGUCUUAUUCAGAUGCAGGAUAUCUCGUCUAGGGCAAAGGAUUACCAUACCAAUUCAAAUAUCUUCGGAAUAUAAUCAUAAAUUUUUAUUAUGGGGCGCUUUAUUGCCCGUGGUGACAAUGUUUGCCGUUGAAAGGGCGGUUUUAAUGCCACGGCGCAAAAAGAAGGCAGCCGAGAGAUUGGCCACCUUGCGAGAACGUAAUGCAGAACACAUUGCCAAUCGCAAACGUGAAGCCGAAGAAGCCAUUCGACUCUUACAACCGACAGUAGGACGUAAACUAGAAGCUGAAAAAACGAAAGAAAAUGGUCUGGUCAUACUAGAGGCUUGGUAUGGAAACCUUUCUCGUGCAGAAGAACCGUCGUCGUCGCCGUCGAUAGAAGGAAUUUUUGAUGUGAGAAUACCCGUUCAAGCACUAGUACAUGAUUCACAAUUGACCAUUCCGGGCGGAUAUUCAAAGUCGAACAUCAUAGGUUUUUAUGAUCCUUGUCUGGGAGAACCCAAACAGUUAAAGAUUAGAUAUCAAUUUCAACGAAAAAUACAUGAGGUCGUGGUUAAUGACACUCAUCCUGUAGCUUGCCCUCUAAGAUGGAUCAACAAGAUGUUUUUGUUAAGGGAGUGCACGUUGUGGGAUAAAUGUUACCUUGCAACACGCCAACCCAUUUAUAUACACGGGAACAAAAAAGAUGGAAUUCAAUGCAUCAGGAAAGCAAGCAUAAUCACACUUGGUAGCAAUGCCAAUAGAGCGAUACUUAUGGUCACCGAUUUGGUAGAUGCAGAUGAAGGAGUAGGUGAUGUUGAAUGGACUCCUGUAUUUGUCGAUGAACCACCACCAGUGGACGAACCAGAUGCAGUGGACGAACCAGAUGUAGUAGUUAACGAACUAGAUGCACUGGGCGAACUAGAUACGCUAGCAGUGGAUGCACCUUGUUUAUGUUAUGAAAAGUAA